AUGGGCACCACCACCAUCCUAACCACCACCACCACCACCAAGUUUCUGGCUAACCGUAGCGGACGGAAGAGGCAGUCGAAAGAACAGGUGCCAAAAGGGUGUCUAGCGGUGAAAGUUGGUGAAGCAAGCGGUGAACAACAAAGAUUUGUGGUGCCUGUGAUUUGGUUUAACCAUCCACUUUUCAUGCAGUUGUUGAAAGAAGCUGAAGAUGAGUAUGGUUUUGAACAAAAGGGCACCAUCACUAUUCCUUGUCAUGUCAAACACUUUCUUAACAUUAUUAGUUGUAUCAUGAUCGACAAUCCUGCUGGCGGGUGCUUUAGAGUUUGGGCUGGAUAG